CUGGGUUGCCUGUUUACAAGGAGCUUCAACGGAGCCUAAGUACUAGUUAGCGCGCAAUGCAUUGUUGUUUCAAAUGGCCGUGAAGCACCAUGGGCAAUCCUCUUUUCAAGAUCGUGGUCGACCAAAAUGGGAAAACCCCGUGGACUUCGAACAGCUCGAAAACUUCGAUCUCAUCGUCGUGAUCAAAGGUGGCACGACAAGACUUACAAGAAAGCUCACUUGGGAACAGCUUUGAAGGCCAAUCCAUUUGGAGGUGCUUCUCACGCUAAAGGAAUUGUGAUCGAGAAAGUUGGUGUUGAAGCUAAGCAGCCUAACUCUGCCAUUAGAAAGUGUGUCCGAGUUCAGCUCAUCAAAAAUGGAAAAAAGAUCACAGCCUUUGUUCCUAAUGAUGGAUGUUUAAAUUAUAUUGAGGAGAAUGAUGAAGUUUUAAUCUCUGGAUUUGGUCGUAGAGGUCACGCCGUUGGUGACAUUCCUGGUGUUCGUUUUAAAGUUGUGAAAGUUGCCAAUGUAUCCCUUCUAGCUUUGUUUAAAGAAAAGAAGGAGAGACCACGUUCUUAAUUGUUGUAAUAGGUGAUGCAAUAAUAAAAUCUUUGUAACAUCA